AUGGGUAAACAGACAAAGUCGACAAAGAAGUUCUUGCGAACUCAGCUCGACAGCACCAUCAAGCGUCGUCGCGACCACCAGAAGAAGAGGAAGGUCAUCGAACGCUCCGCCGCCGCGAAAAAGCAGAAACAACUUCGCAACACAGGCAAGAAGGGUAAGGGCGGAAGAGAUGCGGAUGAGCCAGAGGAUCUGGCAGAGUACGAGGAUGAGGAGGAUGUAGCGGGCAAGAUGGAGGCGAGUGGAGGCAAGUUGAAGGGGAUGAGCGUGGAUGACUUCUUGGGAGGCGGAUUCAAGAGUGCAGCUGCGGAUGGGGAGGAUGAGGACGAUGACGAGGAUGAUGAUGAGGAUGAGGACGAUGACGAAGUCGAUGAUCUGGAAGAUGUUGAAGGCAUGUCUGACGAGGAGGAGGAGGGUGCAGGCAUGCACGCACAGGACCUGGAAAAGCUCAAGGAGAGGGACCCGGAGUUCUACGCCUACCUGCAAGAGAACGACAAGGAGCUCUUGCAAUUCGGCCAAGAGUCGGACGAUGACGAGGAAGAGGAGGCAGAAAGGCCAUCAAAGGCCAAAGCAUCAUCGUCAAAGGCCGCCAAAGUCGAGUCGGGCCCUCAACGAGUGACACUCAAGAUGCUUGCCGGAUGGCAAAAAUCGAUGCUCACCCACCGCUCGCUCAAAGCGCUGCGUCGACUGCUCAUCGCCUUCCGCUGCGCCGUCAAGCCCGAGCAAGAGGAUCAACGACCCGAAGGUGCCUCGUUCAUCGUCGAAGAAGCACGCGUCUUUAACAAGCUCGUCCUCACCGCGCUCAAAUACACUCCCGUCGUAUUGCAACACCACGUGCCCAUCACAGAAGACAAGCGCGGAAACGUCAAAAUCCCUUCGAACAACAAAAAGUGGAACCUCAUCAAGAAGCCCAUCCAGUCGUACUUUAGCAACCUCUUCCAGCUCACAGAGACGCUCACGGAGCCACGGAUGCUCGAGAUCGUGGUGCGAGAGAGCACGCGUAUGGUCCCGUAUGCGCUGUGCAUCCCCAAGACCACAAGGGAGUUCAUCAAGGUGGCGCUGAACCUUUGGUCGAGCCAGGUGUCGGAGGACGGUGUCAGGAUGUCGGCGUUCCUUACGUUGAGGAGGUUGGGUAUGUCUGGCGGCACGGCCUCUUUGGAAAAUGUUUUGCGAGGCGUCUACUCGUCCUACAUCCAAUCGAGCAGGUCGGUGAGCAUCCACACGCAACCCAUGCUCAACCUGAUGAAGAACACAGCGGUCGAGCUGUACCUCGUCGAUGCGGAUGUCGCCUACACGCAAGCGUUCGGCUUCAUCCGACAGCUGGCGAUCCACCUGCGCAAUUGCGUCAAGACCAAGGCAAAGGACGCCUUCAAAGCGAUCCUCAACUGGCAGUUUGUCUCUGCGAUCGACUUUUGGUCGUUGCUGUUGUCUCGAUCCUGCGAUUUGGAAUCGGAACGUCAAGCUGGCGUCGAGUCGCCGCUGAAGCCGCUCGUCUACCCGCUGGUGCAGGUGGCGACAGGUGUGGUGGGUUUGGUGCCCAACUCGAGAUACUUCCCUUAUCGCUUGCAUCUGCUCAAGUCGAUGAUGCGCAUCGUCUCGCGUACAGGCACAUACAUCCCACUGGCACCGUCGAUCCUGUCGGUCUUCGAAUCGCCCGAGUUCCAACGCAAGCUGAAAGGCAGCACUUCAGCACCCAUCGAUUUCAGUACCACCUUGCGCGCACCCACGCAACUGGUACGAACACGACCGUACUCGAACCAGCUGCUCUCCGAGUACUCCUUCCUGCUGAUCGAAUUUUUGACGUCGCAGUCUCGAUCGAUCGCUUUCCCGGAACUGGUGCUGCCACUGCAGAUCCAGUUGAAGAGGCUGUCCAAGAGCACCACGAACGCCAAGUUCCAGGCCGAGGCGAAGCAGGUGCUGGACAAGUCGCUCCAAACGGCUCUGUGGGUGACAAAGCAGAGAGAUGCGAUCGACUUCACACCCAAGGAUCUGGAAAAGGUCAAGGACUGGGAGAUGGAGGCCAAGGAGAAUCCGUUGGAGGGCAUGUUGAGAUUGGCCAAGAAGGUGAGGGCGAAGCAGGAGGCGCUGAUCAAGGCACAGGCGCAGGUCAUUAGGGAUGAUGAUGAGGAGGAUGAGGAGAGUGAUGAUGGUGGCGAAGAGGAGGACGAGGACGAGGAUGAGGACGAGAUGGAGGUCGAGGAUGAGGACGACGAGUGA